AAUUUGAGCCACAUUUUCGUAUCGAAAAUUCUAGCCCUCAGUCAUUCGGGCAUUUCCCAGUUUAUGCCAGAACCCCCACCCCUCUCUCUCUCUCUCUCUCUCUCUUAUCUUGUUUUCGCUGUCUCCUUUUUCAGUUAUUCCCUCGACCAAACCCUAAGCUCACUUCCCUUCUUUUAUAUCUUCUCUAUUUCCUUUCCCCAUCAGCCUUCUCCCGAGAUCCACCUUUCUCUGGUGGCUAAGAUCUGUAGCAUGGUGGCAUCUUGUGUUUGCUAACAAUGAACUUUGGAUUCCUUAGCUUUCCAUGGUUUGGAGUUGAUCCCAAAAGGGAUUCGGAUUUGACUUUUGCUUCCACAAGUGCUUCCAUAGAGCCUAAACAGAAAGCUAGUUUUGAGAUCAGGCUGUGGGGAUGGACUCUAGUUUCAGUACCUCCUAAGGCAGUGAAUGGUAAUGAUAGAAUUCGCACUCCAACUACUAUAAACAAAGGAUUAAAAAGGCGUGCACAAGAAAAUUCGGUUUUUGAGCCUCCCACACCUAUCCGGUUUAGGCCAUAUGUUUGCAAGGUUCCAUGGCAUACAGGUGCUAGAGCAUUCCUUUCGCAGUUAUUUCCACGUUAUGGGCAUUAUUGUGGUCCUAAUUGGUCAAGUGGGAAAGAUGGUGGAUCCCUUAUUUGGGAUAGGAGGCCAAUUGAUUGGUUAGAUUUUUGCUGCUAUUGUCAUGAUAUUGGUUAUGAUACUCAUGAUCAAGAAAAGCUUCUGAAAGCUGAUUUAGCAUUUCUAGAAUGCUUGGAGAGACCUCAUAUGAGCACAAAAGGUGAUCCGUAUAUCGCUCAACUUUACAAGACAAUGUGCACUACAGGUCUCAAAAAUAUACUAAUCCCAUACAGAAGGCACCUUGUGCAGCUACAAUACGGGCAACCUCUAAUUGAUUUUAGAUGGAUAAAUAAUAUGAAAAGGAGAAGUUGGAAUUUUCAGAAAACUUGAAAGCAGAUCAUGCAACCUUUGUGAGCAAGUUAUUCAGAUGGCCCUAUGUAGAAUGACAGUAGCUGGAUUUUUUAACAAUGUUCUGUCCUAUCCUAUGGUACAUUGAUGUUGACUUUCGAGUGUCAGCAGCUUGGAGCAACUUAUUAUCAUGGUCUUUGUUGGAAACAUGCAACAUUGAUCUUAUUUGAAUUUCAAACAAAUGUUGUAUGAUGUAAAUAAUUAUCGCUGCAUGUGUAUGCUAUUUCAAACUGUGAAUAUUAUGCAAUUGUAUUUGAUAAUAGCAUAUGCCAUCAAUCCGCACAUGUUUAUUGGCUGUAAAUAUAUAGUUUGGGUAUGGCUAUUAAAUUUUCUCACUGGGGUCCUUUUUCAGUUAUUAA